UUUAUUAUCACAUUAUUAAUUUGAAAGAAAUUUUUUAUCAAAAAAACUUCCGAUAUAAAAAAUGUUUGAUCAGUUAUGUGCAUCCAAGGCUAGUUAGUGGUAAACUGAUUCGCUAAGAAAAUCGUCAUAGCGAAUAUUAACAUUGAAGCUGGUCAAUUCUGAUCCGAUGGCAGAUACCCAAAUCUAAAAGAGGUCGAAUGUCAAGCUAUGUUAAAAAGCGCAAAAAUUAACCUAAAUUUGCAAUUGAUAUUUUGAUUUUAUUUAUCGUAAUAAUUAUAAUAUAAUAAAAAAAUGGAUAAAUCAAUUUUAAUACAAAAGCAAGUGAAAGAUAAUGCAGAAGAUUUACAAAAAGAAUUUCUUGAUAUGAAGAAUUGGGAAGAACAAAUGAAACGUAAAGAUGAUGAAUUGAGGAAAGAACGAAAUUGUCAGGCCACUCUACCACCAAUUAGAACCAAACAUAAAAAUAAAAUAAAAAAAAUUUCAAAAAAAAUAAAUGAAGUUGAUAUUAAAUCGAAAAAAAUAAAAUCUUAUGACUAUUCUGCUUGGGAUAAAUUUGAUGUAGAUAAAGCAUGCAAGGAAAUAGAUGAAGAAGAAUUCAUCUAUUCAGAUGAAUCUGAAGAUGAAUCAAUAUCUAAAGAACAAUUAGAAAUAGCACAUCAAGAAGCAACGAAACAUAAAAAUGAAGGCAAUAUUUUUGUGCAACAAGAAAAAUGGUCUAAAGCAAUUGGUUGUUAUAGUAAUGCUAUAAAAAUAUUUCCACAUGAUGCAAUAUUUUAUGCAAACCGUGCACUUUGUCAAUUAAAAUUAGACAAUUUCUAUUCUGCUGAAUCUGAUUGCUCUGCUGCAAUACAAUUAGAUGAAACUUAUAUAAAAGCUUAUCAUAGAAGGGCAAUAGCUAGAAUGAAUUUAAAACAAUACAAGGAAGCUAAAUUAGAUUUAGAAAAAAUUUUAAAAUUAGAACCUUUUAAUAAGGAAGCUAAAUUAUUAUUUAAUCAAAUUGAAAACAAGAUUAAAUAUUCAAAGACAAGCACUGAAGUAGAAGAAGAUACAAAAGAAUUAUCUAAAAACAUAACAUUUGAAAAAAAAAUUGCUGAAAAAAUGUGGAAUAAAACUACAUUAAAAGCAACAAAUAUUAAAAAUACUGAAAUUAAUUAUAUGGAGGAUGAUAAAAAUAUUAAAGAUAUUAUAAACAAAAAUAAAAUAAAAGAUAAGAAAGAUAAUGUGCAUGAUAUAGAUAUAAAAAAUGAAAGGGAUCCACGUAUUCCAGAUUGGUUACCAGAAAAAGAUAAUGUUAUUGUUAUAGAACCAAUUGAAAAACCUCCACAUUUACACUCAAAGAAAUCAUUGAUAAAAAUACCUAUUCAAGAAAUGGAAUUUGUUACUAAUUAUAACUAUAUUAAUAACAAAACAAUAUGCAUUGAAAAUGAUCAACAAAAAAAAGAAUUUGGUAAAGAUAAUAAUCUUAUGAAAAAUAAUAAUUCUGUUAAAACUAUUAAAUCUUUGGAAGAUAUUAGUAUUGUACCUCCAAUUCCUAAAACAGCUGUACAAUUUAUAAUGACUUGGAAAACAAAUAAAUCAUCAGAAUUUAGAUAUAAAUAUUUAAAGCAAUUACCAAAAGACAGUUUACCUAAAAUAUUUCAAGAUUCAAUGGAGUCUGAUAUUUUCUGUCAAAUAAUAGAAGUUUUAAAAAUAGAAUUUAUAAAAAGGAAAGACUUAAUAUUCCAUUAUCUAAAAGAUCUCAGUCAAGUUAAACGAUUUAGAACAUUUAUUAUGUUUAUUAGUGACAGUGAUAAAGAAGUUUAAAAAUGAUUUUCGAAUAUUGCAAGACAGUCGAAAAUGUAUCUCAAGAUGAAAUUUCAAUUUUAGAAGAUAAAUACGAAGUUAAAAAAUAAGUUGAAAAUUUAUUAAUAGAAAUAUUUAUAAAUGAUAUAAUAAGAUUAAAUUAUA